AUGAGCGGAGCGGAAGCAGGCGUGUCUGCACAGCUUCCCUCGCUCGAUGCCGAAGAAAACGAGCGGUUUUCGUCGCUCGCGCUGUUUCUUGUACUCUUUCUACUGAUCGGCAGCUUUCUAACGAGUUACUACCUGCGAGUCCGGCGCAUCACUGCGGUGCACGAAACGAUUGUCGGUCUUUUUGCCGGCAUGUUUGUUGGAAUUGUGCUGAGGAUUGGCCCGCUGCGUCCCGUGCGUGAGAUGCUUGGGUUUAGCAAUGUUAUUAUGAUGAAUGUAUUGCUACCGCCCAUCAUUCUAGCGAGCGGGUACCACCUGCGUCAGGCCAAGUUCUUCCGCAACUUUGGCACGAUCCUAUCGUUUGCACUGGCCGGCACAUUUAUCAGCGCUGUUGUGAUUGGCGUGAUUGUCUGGAUUGGUUCCUUCUUGCACAUUGAGCGCGCGCGCUUGUCUCUACUUGACUGUCUCAUUUUUGGCAGCACACUCAGCGCCACGGAUCCCGUGACGAUUUUGGCGAUUUUCACUUCGUACAAAGUCGAUCCGCAGCUCUACAGCAUCAUAUUUGGCGAGAGCAUUUUGAAUGAUGCAGUGUCGAUUGUCAUGUUUGAAACGCUUCUGCAUUUACGGAACCAGACCAUCACGCUCUGGUCCAUCUUUUACGGAUUCGGUUUCUUUGCGCUCGUGUUCUCUUUUAGUGUGAUGCUCGGCGUCGUAUUUGGUCUUGCAUGCUCGCUCACGCUGAAGCACUCGCACCUCGGCUCCUAUCCCGAGUUGGAGAGCUGUAUCGUGAUCCUUAUCGCGUACUCGAGCUACUUUUUCAGCAACGCGGUGCAAAUGAGCGGGAUUGUCUCGCUCCUGUUUUGCGGCAUUACCCUAAAGCACUACGCUCACGGCAACAUGUCUUUCCACACGCAGCGCACAACCAAGGCCAUCUUCCAGACGCUCGCCAGUCUCUCGGAAAACUUUAUCUUUAUCUACUUGGGCCUCAGCCUGUUUACCGGCGCGAAGCACGAAUACAUGCCGAUGCUUAUCAUCUUUACGCUCGUGGCGGUUGUUGUGUCGCGAUACUGCGCCGUGUUUCCCAUUGCCUAUUUGCUCAAUCGGUUUGCCCAAUUUCGUGCGCGGCGCCGGCAGCGCGGCGCCGGUGCAGGCGUGCCGGUAGCAGCAUACGAACUUUCGCACGAGUACCAAUUGAUGCUCUUUUGGGCGGGCCUGCGCGGUGCCGUAGGCUUUGCGCUCAGUGCAGGCAUCCAGGGCGAGAAUGCAAGCAUGCUGCAGACCACGGUGCUGGUCACCGUCGUCCUGACCGUGAUUGUGUUUGGCGGUACCACCGCUCAAAUGCUCGACAUUCUCCACAUCCAAACCGGCGUUGAUGACGACGAAGACGAUGUGUCUGCGGCAGGCGACGAAGAAGCGCCCGAUACCCAGCCGUGGAUGUACAAUGAUGUGCGACCGCCGGCCAUUUUUCCCGCAGAUGAUCGGUACCGCGAUAUGUCCACCGAGUUGUCGGUGCGGCAAGCAGACGAGAACGAAGUGCUGCCCGACGCUGCUGGCCCCGUUGCGUUUGAUGCGUCGGUCGAGCUGGCUGACGACGACGCCAGCACCGAGUCGCGUUCUGUGCGCAUGCUCGACACGGCCAAUUUGAUCUUUAAAGACGGCGAGUGGUUCCAACGCAUCGACGAACGCUACUUGCUCCCCAUGUUUAGCAACACGGUCGCGAAUCGCAAGCGCGAGCAGCGAAAAGAGGCGCGCCGUGCCGUUUCCCACGAGCAAGAGCCAAACACACCGCGAUCGAGCUCGCCGAAAGAUAAAGCCCAUUAG